UUCUCUCUUGUUUCUGGGUAUCCUCUCUGUUACCAAGGUAACGUUCGCUUUGUGGAAAAUGGCUCCUGUAGUGAAAAGCAGCUAACUGCACAUAAACAUACCAAGCGUCAUUGCUUCUGUUAGUUUAGCUAGUAAAUGGUCAUUCUCAUGUUAGCUGAGUAAAGCAGACUUAUAAGCAUGUUUACUGAUGAGGCGCUGGACUCAGUGAGUGUCUGCUCACUGUGGAGGAAGUCUCGACAGUCAGCGCAGGAGUCGAGAGGCUGUCAGACCAGGGCCAUCAACAUCACUGAGGCAGAGGUCCAGACUGUGUCCACCACCGUCAGCUGCACUCAGACGGAGCCACGGGACCAGGCCACAGAGCAGCUGCUCCAACAACACCUUGACCAGCCAGAGCCGCCAGGCCUGAAGGACUUCCUGCAGCGGGUGGAGGACGCCGUCAUCAGAGAGUUGGUCAGAAACGCCAGGAGUCACGCCUUCGACUGGUUCCAGGUGAACUGGGAGGAUCACAGUCAGCCGGUUUCAUGCCUUCAUCGUCUUCAACAUCCCAGCGCACAGGAGAGAGGUCUUCAUGUAACCAGCGUGUCCUGGAGCUGUACAGGUUCAGUUAUAGCCUGUGCUUACGGUCGCAUAGACGACGGCGACUGGAGCACCGAGAAGUCCUAUGUGUGCACGUGGAACCUGGACCGCAGAGGCCUGAACCCCAAACAGGCUGAUCUGGUUCUAGAUGUUCACACUGCAGUCACCGCUCUGUGCUGUCACCCAGAGCAGCCCGCCCUCAUCGCAGGGGGUCUGUACAGUGGAGAGGUGGUGCUCUGGGACACCAGUCGGACUCAGGACCCAGUGCUGGCUCAGACUGGGUUGUCAGCAGACAGCCACAGAGAGCCUGUUUAUCAGGUUGCCUGGGUGCCCCUGCAGAAGAGAGGAGAGUUUGGGGUGCUGAGUGCUAGCUCAGGGGGAAGAGUGCUGCUGUGGAUGGUGGACUUGGACCAGGGUGGGUUUGUCCUGAAUGCAGCCUACGCUUUGCUGAGACAGCAGCUUCCACACAGCAGCAGCAGCAGCUUCAAGGCUCGAGGCAGCAGCACAGUGGGCGUCACCUCCCUGGCUCUGUCUCCCUGGGACUCUGACACCUUCCUGGUGGGCUCUGAGGGCGGCCUGCUGCUCCGAUGCUCCUUCUCCUCCCAGACGCCCGCCGCAGUGUCCUCUGAAGGUCAGAGCGUGACGCUCAGAGCUCCGGCCGUUUUCUCCUUCAGACCUCGCAGCGGCCCCGUCCACUCCAUACACUGCUCACCUUUCCACAGGAACCUGUUUGUGAGUGCGGGGACAGACGGCCUGGUCCACCUCCACUCUCUGCUGCAGGCCAACCCGCUGCUCUCUGUCAGGGUCUCAGACUCUUACAUCUUCCAGGUGCAGUGGUCUCCUACCAGACCACUGCUGUUUGCUGCAGCCACUGGACAAGGAGAGGUGCAGAUAUUCGACCUGGGCCGCAGGUCCCUGAGGCCCGCAGCCACCAUCGACCAGGGAGGGGCCGGCCAGGCUGCAACAUGUUUGUCCUUCAACUGUCAGAACCCUCACCUGCUGGCAGUGGGGAGAACAGACGGGACGGUCGGCGUUUGGCAGCUGAGUGCCGAUUUGACGGAGCAGAGCCCCAGAGAGAGCAGCCAGCUGGAACAGAUAGCCAAUCAGGUGGCAGAAUGAGGAACAUUAACAUGGACUGUACCAGUGGACUAUUUUGUAAAUAGAUAAAUCUUACGGAUUGUUUUAUAAUUGUGAAAUAAAAACAAGUACAA